CUUCUUAGUGAGAGAAACAAUGGCUAAGUUUUGCCUCUUGUUUCUCCUGGUUCUUCUCCCUCUUGUUUCAGCUCAGCUGAGAAGGAACUUUUACAGUGCAACCUGCCCUAAUGUUGAGUUCAUAGUGAGAAAUGCAGUUACAAGAAAGUUGAGGCAAACAUUUGUCACUGCGCCUGCAACUCUUCGUCUCUUCUUCCAUGAUUGCUUUGUUGAGGGGUGCGAUGCAUCCGUGAUGAUCGCGUCACCUCGCAAUAACGCGGAGAAGGAUAGCAGCGACAAUCUAUCACUUGCAGGCGAUGGCUUCGACACAGUGAUGCAAGCGAAGGCGGCUGUUGAUGCGGUUCCAGGGUGCAGGAACCGGGUCUCGUGUGCUGAUAUCUUGGCCAUGGCCACUAGAGAUGUCAUCAAUAUGGCAGGUGGGCCUUUCUACAAUGUUGAAUUAGGAAGGCGAGAUGGGAGGAUAUCCUCAGCUAGCAGGGUGGGUGGGAAAUUGCCUCAACCCUCUUUCAAUUUGAAUCAGCUCAAUUUCAUGUUUGCUUCUCAAGGUCUUAAUCAAACUGACAUGAUUGCACUUUCAGGUGCGCACACCAUUGGCGUCUCUCACUGUACUCGAAUCACAAAUCGCAUUUUCAACUUCGAUCCAACCCUAAACAGGAACUAUGCGAUGCAAUUGCAACAAAUGUGCCCGAGAAAUGUCGACCCGACGAUCGCCAUUAACAUGGAUCCAAACACCCCGAGAACCUUCGAUAACAUCUAUUUCAAGAAUUUACAACAAGGAAUGGGUCUCUUCUCUUCAGAUCAAGUUCUCUUUACUGAUCCGCGAUCACGAGCAACUGUGAAUCAAUUUGCAGCUAAUAAACAAGCCUUUGAACAAGCUUUUGUGGCAGCCAUUACUAAACUUGGGAGAGUUGGGGUCAAGACUGGGAAUCAAGGUGAGAUCAGGAGGGAUUGUAGUAGAUUUAAUUGAGUGGGGGGUGUUGAAUUUAAUGUGCACUUUUGUGGAGAAAUUUUUGGAUUUUUUUAGUGAGAAAGAUGAAUGAGGAGAGUUUCUGAUGUACUCAUCAUGUACAAUAAGGUGUGGUUUAUGUUGUUGAGCAAUGGGCAUUUUGGUGAAUAAAA